AUGGAUACUAGAUCUUACAUGCCAAGGUCUGGGCAUGACGACGCUAUUUCGCCCUUGACAGACUCUUCGGGCCUCAGCAUGUCCGUAUCGACGACCGCAGUUUCUACGCCAACCGACACCUCAUCGUCACGACCGGAGACUCCUGUUUACGAACCGGGCGAGAGAAAAAUAGAUUACGAGUGUUUUCCUGAAGUGGUUCCAUCGAAUGACCCAGAGCCGGCGGUAUUGGAGAAUGCAGUCACUGGGUUCAACCUACCAGAAGUGGCAUGCACAUACACGCAUGAGGUAUCAAAGGAGGUUGUUCCAACAUAUGCUGGCCUUGAGGUUUCAACACCGCUGGAACCACCCACCGGGGCCGUGACGCCGCUGCAUCUACUUGGGGAUCAACCUAACUGGAUUGAUUGCCCCUUUUGCGAAACGCGAGCAAGGACCACGAUAAAAAAGAGGCCCUCAAACCUAACACAGUUUAAUAUGAAGAAGCUGGACGCCAGAGGUUCAGUAGCAUAA